AUGGGGUUGAUGGAGCAACAGUUGCAGGACUAUGCUUGGUGGAGAAGCGCGUUCAACAAGGAGAAGAAGAGCCCUUGCAAGGAAGAUCGAGGUGCGAUCAACGGCUGCCUGGGUUUCGACCUGGCAGACAUCCUGGAGCAGGGCCGAGGCCCUGGCCUCGCUUCCAGCUUCGUGGAGGCACCGGAGCCGGAGGAGAAGGACCAGCAGCUGAGCGUCCUCUGCGAAGAGAGGCGCUUCACCUUGAUGAGGGACAACAAACCGCUGCUCGUGGCCGUGCCCGUUGAAGGCCUCGGCUUUGACAUCUUCCUCCCCAAAGAGGAGGGCCCCGCGAGCGACGCUGCCGCCUUCCUGCUGCGCUGCAGCCCGAA